GAGGGGGAGGGGCGUGGCCGCCGUGGCGCGAGCCAGCCGGAGCUGCCCUCCCCUGCAGCCUGCGGUGGGAGCAUCGCUGGGCCACCGGCAGCGGCGUGCGGGUCGGGAGCGCAGCCUGGGCACCGCGCACGCGCCAGAAGCAGCGCGGGGUAGCGGAGGCUGCGGCAGGAAAGUCGGCUGUCACCUGCUGCCAGCUACGAGGUGCGAGGCCUCCCCUCUGCUGCGCGGCAGGAUGGGGCCCUCGGGGCUGCUGCUGGCCCUAGUCCUGCACCUGGCGGCGUGCUCCCGUCCGCACCGGGACUACUGCGUGCUGGGCGCGGGUCCCGCGGGCCUGCAGAUGGCCGCCCUCCUGCAGCGGGCCGGCAGGGACUACGAGGUGUUCGAACGCGAGUCCGCGCCCGGCAGCUUCUUCACGCGCUACCCGCGCCACCGCAAGCUCAUCAGCAUCAACAAGCGGCACACCGGCAAGGCCAACGCCGAGUUCAACCUCCGCCACGACUGGAACUCUCUGCUCAGCGACGACCCACAGCUGCUCUUCAGGCACUACUCGCGGGCUUACUUCCCAGACGCCAGCGACAUGGUGCACUACCUGGGUGACUUCGCGAAGCGCCUGGGGCUCCACGUGCUAUACAACACGAACAUCACCCACGUGACUCUGGACAAGGAUCCACAAGCCUGGAAUGGCCAUCACUUCAUCCUGACCGACCAGAACGGCCAGGCUUACCAGUGCAGCGUCCUGCUUGUAGCCACUGGUUUAUCAGUCCCCAAACUGGUUGACUUCCCUGGCUCCGAGCAUGCGGAGGGUUACGAGUCCGUAUCCGUGGACCCGGAAGACUUUGUGGGUCAGAAUGUGCUGAUCCUGGGCCGUGGGAACUCAGCCUUCGAGACAGCAGAGAACAUCUUGGGUGUCACGAACUUCGUCCACAUGCUGAGUCGCUCGCGGGUUCGGCUCUCCUGGGCCACCCACUACGUUGGAGAUGUCAGAGCCAUCAACAAUGGCCUGCUGGACACCUACCAGCUGAAAUCGCUAGACGGACUCCUGGAGUCGGACCUGGAGGAUCUGGCCCUCGUGAAGGACAGCAAGGGCAAGUUCCACAUCACCCUCAGAUUCUUCCUGGAGGAGGACAACAGCAUCCAGAGUGCCGACUCCAUCCCCCUCCCCCAGGAUGACAACGACAACUUCGCCAUGCGGGUGGCCUACGACCGUGUCAUCCGCUGCCUGGGCUGGAAGUUCAACUUCUCCAUUUUCAACCAGUCCCUCCGACUCUCCUCAGGGACUGAGUUCAGCAAGAAGUACCCACUGAUCAGAGCUAGCUAUGAGUCCAAAGGAAGCCGGGGUCUCUUUAUCCUUGGGACGGCCAGCCACUCCGUGGACUACCGGAAAUCUGCUGGCGGCUUCAUCCAUGGGUUCCGAUACACAGUGCGUGCUGUCCACCGGCUCCUGGAAAAUCGGCACCAUGGCAUCGCCUGGCCGUCCACAGAGCACCCCAUCACACAGAUGACCAGCUCCAUCAUUCGGCGUGUAAAUGAGGCUUCUGGGCUGUACCAGAUGUUCAGUGUGCUGGCUGACAUCAUCCUGUUGAAGGAGAAUGCUACAGCCUUUGAGUACCUGGAGGAGUUCCCCAUGCAGAUGCUGGCCCAGCUGGAGACGCUCACAGGGAGGACAGCGCGCCAUGGGCUCUUUGUCAUCAACAUGGAAUAUGGCCAAAAUUUCUCUGGGCCUGAGAAGGAUGUCUUCUAUUACGACCGGUCCGUGGCACACAUAGAGGAUGCCUGGCGUUCGAACUUCCUCCACCCUGUCAUCUACUACUAUAGACACCUCCCCACUGAGCAAGACAUGCGAUUCCGGCCUGCACAGUGGCUCCUGCCUCGGCCCGUGGCCAUCCAUCACAUAGUGGAGGACUUCCUGACUGACUGGACAGCCCCUGUGGGGCAUAUCCUCCCCCUGAGGCGCUUCCUGGAAAACUGUCUGGACACAGAUCUGCGAAGCUUCUAUGCAGAGUCCUGUUUCCUGUUCACCCUCACACGCCAGAGGCUGCCCCCCUUUUGCCAGCAGGGGUACCUGAAGAUGCAGGGACUUUCAAUCACCAAGAGCCUUCAGCAACAUGGUGUGGAAAGCAGGCUCCUGCAGGACUACACAGCCAUGGAGGACAGCAGCGGGUGGCCUGGUGACCACCCCUCGGCUCCAGAGCCUCUGACCCAGUCCCUUGACAGCAACAAGGAGGAGCUCUGAACAUCCUCGUCCAGGCUAUGGAGUCUGGCGCCUCCCCGGGGCCCUUUUCCCAGGCUCUCCCACCUUUCCGGCUGCUGAGGACCAUCAGAGACAACAGACGACAGGACAGGCUAUGGAGUGCCGAAGGCUGGGACACGGUCACACAGUGGCGUCCCUUCCUGUGCUGGCCCCUGGGUGCUAGAUGCAAGGUUAAGAGGGGGUUAUCUUCUGUCAGGUAUGAGAUGCCUUCCACAGCCAGCCUGUGUCCAACUAGGAGCAUCACUAAGUACCAUGUUGGUCUGGUGUGUCUGCUGCUAGGACCAAUCUCCUUUCCCUUCUCGUUCACUCUGCAGAUGGGCUUGGAUCUGCCCGGGGAACAGCUCUCAGCUGAAACCCCCUCAUUUCCAUAGCGGGGAUGUUAGAAUGAAAACUUGAGGUCUUCAGCCAUGGGGGUAGACAGUUGGGAUCUCUGCUCCUCAGCACAGCUAUGGACCCAACUCAGAUGGCUCUCAGCAGAACUCCAGUCAAGCUGGGCAUCACGGGCCCAGAGCGCUGGCAUAGGGUAGAGACAGCCAACUCCUGCAAAGCUGUCUGCCCAGCUGGCUUCUCAGGAGCAGGGCACCUCAGAGCUGUCCUGUGCCCAAGAUCACACUCCCGGGGAUCAGCAGCCUCUGUGUCCCUCUCCCACAUCGCUGUCUGGCAUCCUGAGCCAUGUCUUCCUUGAGACCUGCCUGGGCAGGUUUAAGGUGUUGUUGUGCCUGCUGCCUUGGGCGUGGAAACAUUGACACCUGCCGGCUCCUGAAUGCCUUGAUGUUCCUCUCUUCCUCCUUGCCUUUCCUUACCAGAAUCCAUGCUCAGCCCACAGAUUAGUCUCACUGAUGAAUAAGCCAUGAGGGAAGCAUUGCCCACAAGGGCAGAUGGUGAUCACAUGAUUUCCGACAGCCCCCGAGCGCAGGUACUGUUUCUCACCAGCCCUCUUAUUCUUCAUGGAGUCCACUCAGACAUCCAGGGACAUGUCAGCCCAAAGCCCCUUCCUGAGAGCGUCCUCUUCCCCACGGAAGAGUCUUGUCUGGGUCCAAGCCCUCUUUUUUUUUUUUUUUUUUUUUGGUUUUUCGAGACAGGGUUUCUCUGUGUAGCUUUGCGCCUUUCCUGGAACUCACUUGGUAGUCCAGGCUGGCCUCGAACUCACAGAGAUCCGCCUGGCUCUGCCUCCCGAGUGCUGGGAUUAAAGGCGUGCGCCACCACCGCCCGGCCGGUCCAAGCCCUCUUGACCACCUGACCUGCCUGCAGCCACCCUCCUCUCCGGUGCUUACCAGAUUCUAACAGGGCAAUCCAACAACUUCAUGCCAUCAGGAGCAGGAGGAGCUGUGUACCCCUGUACCUACUUAGGGUAGUUUACAUGGAGCCAAACCUAACUGAAUCAUCCCUGACCCAGGAUGUCAGAGUCCCCAUAUUUCACCCAGGUUGAUUGACAAGCCAAACUGGGACCCUGCCAUCCCACCCUCUUUUCCAAAGCAUUUUUAAAUGAGUCAUUGAUUCAGUGCUACCCCAUGAAAUCGAAUCCUGUUCCUCACAUCUCACCCUCCACUCACCAAGGCUGGCUGAGCCACUAGUUCAGUGCCUUCGCAAGCAGCUAGCUGGCUGACACCCUUGUAUGUGACAUCUGCUGCUUCCUGUCAUCUGCCAGAUCGUUGAUUCCGUCAAACUAUCGGGCAGGCUCAUUUGUUUUUAACACGGAGUUUCUGUUCUUGCUCAGUUGACUAGAGAUGGCUUCUACUCCCCCCCCCCCAUAGGGUUUCACCAUGUCCUGGCCUAGUACUUAUUACAUAGCCCAGCCUGCACUUGGACUCAUAGUAAUUCUCCUGCCACCGCCUUCCAAGUGUUGGGAUUAUAAGCUUGAGCCACAUAAGCUUUUUUUAAGAUUUAUUCUUAAUUAUGUGUACUUGUUUGUGUCUCUGUGUGGGUAUGUGUACAUGAGUGCAGGUACCCAGAGGCCAGAAGAGGGUGUCAGAGCCCCUUAAAGCUGGAGUUACAGGAGGUUGUGAGCCAGCAUAUGUAGAGGCUGAGAACUGAGUCUUCAAGUCCUCUAGAAGAGCAGUAAAGCGCUGAGCCAAUUCCUCCGGGACCCCUCCCCCAUAACUAUAUUAAAGAAAUGAUUAAAAAUAAGGCAAACUGGAUGUGGUACACACCAAUAUCCCGCACUAGGGUGGCCAAGGCAGGAAAAUGAGGUUCAAUCAAGGCCAGCCUGGAAUACAUGGAGAGUUCCAGGACAGUAUGAGCAACUUAACAUGAUCCUGUUUCAAAAAGGAAAAUUUUAAAAAGGCAAAAAUAGGCUGAGUGUGGUGGUGCAUGCCUUUAAUCUCAGUACUCCCAAGGCACAGGCUGGAGAAUCACUUGUGAAUGAGUUCAAGGCCAGCCUGGUUGACCUGGCAAGUUCCAGGCCAGCUAGAGCGACAUAAUGAGACCCUGUCCCAAAAAUAAAUGAAUAAUUUUUUUAAAAAAAGCAUGAGCAAGAAUAAUUAUGGUGAAGGGACUAGUAUAAAUAAGUGAGAAAUACUAAGUAAUUUUUCAUGAUCAUCUCUUAAAUGGGGCAGGGAAGGACUGAUGAUGUGCCUAUACAUGUGACCUUACAUGAGACAGGGCACCAGGUGAGAGGGAGCAGCAGCUGGAGCUGCUUGUGGCUGUGAAGAUAGGAAACCACAGGGCCUUAGCAGUGGCGCUGCUGGGGCUGUGGGACAAGGUUCUCUUUUCCUCUUUUGAUCAAGUUUGUGUUUAUUUUUCAAAUGUGAUUAUAUACUACUGAAGUAAAAAUACAUUUAUUUUUAAACCA